GCGCCUUGGGGCGAAGGCGGGCAAAGUUGACCUCGAAGUUGUUACAGCUGCUGUUUUGAAAAAAAUUCUGACACGAUUGGUCAGCGGCAAGGCCGGGACUCCUGACCGCGGUGGGAAGUUGCCGGCGAAGAACCUUUGCCAAUUCGUGUUCCUCGUUCUUUACUUGUCCAGACUCGUUCCCUUCGUUCUUUGCUCUUCGCACUCAUUCGCUAUGCUUCAUUCACUGGCACCAGCCCUGUCGCUCUUUCUUUUCCUUCCUCACGUUUUUGCAGCCUCUGCUGAUGAAUGGAAGUCACGUUCCAUAUAUCAAAUCAUUACCGACCGUUUUGCUCUCUCGAACGACUCUUCUGCAACCUGUAAUACUGAAGACCGUGUUUACUGUGGUGGCUCAUGGACUGGGAUUGUCAACCAUCUGGACUACAUCCAGAAUAUGGGCUUCGACGCAAUCUGGAUCUCGCCUAUUGUCAAAAAUAUCGAGGCGGAGACGGCGUACGGGUAUGCUUACCAUGGCUACUGGACACAGGACAUCAACUCUCUCAACUCGCACUACGGUUCCGAGGAUGACCUGAAGAGUCUCGCGACUGCGCUGCAUGCACGGGGGAUGUACCUCAUGGUCGACAUCGUGGUCAACCAUUUCGUACAGAAUCCUUCAAGCAAUUCCUCGACACUCCCGCAAACGUUCGACUACUCUGGCCUGUCACCCUUCUCAGCAGAGACGGAUUUCCACACGGAAUGUUUCAUUAGCGACUAUAAUAAUCAGACGAAUGUCGAGCAGUGCUGGCUGGGAGACUCGAAUCUCCCACUCAUGGAUAUUGACACGGAGAACAGCACGAUCGUCCAGGAAUGGAAUUCAUGGGUUACCAGUUUCGUUAAUACAUACAGUAUUGAUGGUCUCCGGAUUGAUACUGUCAAACACAUCCGCAAAGACUUUUGGCCCGCCUUUGCCUCGGCAGCCGGUGUCUUUACUAUCGGAGAGGUAUUGACUGACAACAUCACUUAUACCAGUGACUAUACCCAGGUUUUGGACAGCGUUCUAGACUACCCUACCUGGUACCCCCUAACCGAGGCAUUUAACACUACAUCUGGAAACCUUUCAGCCAUCCAAAGCGCAGUCACCCAAGCGCAGUCAUCAUACAAGAACGGCCUAUUCGGCACUGGCGCUUUCUUAGAGAAUCACGACCAGCCACGAUUCCAGUCGCACACCACUGACACGGGCUUGGUUAAGAAUGCCAUCAGUUUCCCAUUCAUUCAUGACGGUAUUCCCAUUCUCUACCAGGGCCAGGAGCAGGGCUAUACAGGUUCCUCGGACCCUUUUAACCGCGAAGCUCUCUGGUUUAGCGGAUACCAAGAAGACAAGGACCUCGUCACGCACAUCAAAGCUAUCAACACUGCCCGACAAUUGGCCGUCAAUGCCAGUUCUAGCUUCUUGACCACUAAAAUGUCCUUCGUCUCCCAAAGCGACAUCGGUGCAAUUGCCAUUUCCAAGCCCCCCAUGCUCGCUCUCCUGACAAACGUCGGUUCUUCCGGUUCCGCGUCCUGGAGCGUUUCCGGGGUCUACAACAAGGGGGAAACUGUGGUCGAUGUGUUGACCUGCAAAACAUAUACCGUUGACUCGAGUAGUGGCACACUAAGCGCUUCUGCUGAAAGUGGUGCACCAAGGAUCAUCCUCCCAACAUCAGCGUUGAAGUCCGACGGCACCCUGUGCACGAGCGUCGCAGGCACAAGCGGGGCGAUGUCGGUAAACAGCGUUGGUCGGGGCGCCAUGGGUAUCUCGUUGGUUGCUGGUUUGAUCUUGACCUUCUUGUAAAAGAUAUUUACUGAUACGGACACUGGUGCUAAGAACAUUUCUUGUGACAGACUAGUGGACUGCUUUAUAUAAUACUCUUAUAUUGUGUGUAAUUUUUUUAAAAGACCUGACGCAUCGCAAUGCUACAUGUAUGUGGUGGAGGUGGGAUCUUUGAGUUUAGAUUUGUACAUGAACUGACCUUGUUCUUCUUUCCGUUGCUCACAGGUGACGAUCCGACACAAAUCCACUGUCUGUCGGUGAUUGUCUUGCGAAAAUCAC